CCGCCCCCGAGGGGCGGGCCUACGCGUCCCAGCGCUUUGGAGCGCUGCUAAACUAGCGGCGUGGAUGGGAGACAAAGCCCGGAAAAUUUUGAACGCAUCAUGGACUGUCAGCAACUAACUGCGAGGCAUAGACUCCAGCUCCGUAUGGCAUAAUACCAGUCCGGGUUUUCCCACACGCUCCAGACUCGGGAGGAGCCUUGAGCCCUCGCAGACUGCAGGCCCCUAGGGGCUGGGCGCGCGCGCGGAGUCGGUGUUGAUUGGCUGCUCCGAGCGGCGCAGGGUUUGGCGGGAACUUCGUGGCUCCGCGGGCGUGGAGAGCGGUCGGAUGGCCCCGUCGCGGCGGGUGCGGCCCCCCAGGGCUGCGCGUGCAAGAUCUUCAAAGAACACUUUAAGAAAAGCACAUUCUGCGGAAGUUAAAGCUGAUCAGAAGCGCAAGCCUACCGAUGUGUUUGAUUUUCCUGAUAAUUCCGAUAUCUCAAGCAUUGGGCUGAAUGAAAAUGACAAAUAUACAGAACCUUAUGAAACCUUUGAUCCUCCUUUAUAUAGCACUGUUAUAUAUGCUGAUGAAGAAGAACUCCGCAAACACUGCAGAUCAUCUAUUCCUUCAACACCUCAAGGAAAAGAAACACAAAGAAGUUUGGACACUUUGGAAAGUGAAGCAAGUGGAAGCCAAUCUGUGAAAAUCGGUGUGAAAAAGCCAGGAAGAAAACUAGAGUUCAUUAGUAAUGAAUCUGAAAGCACUGAAGAAAGUGAUAUAAGAAGAAAAGUUAAAUCAGCAGAAAAAAUAAGUACACAGCAUGAAACUAUCACAACUACGGGAUCUUCAGAACAUUCAGAGAACUCAGCUGAUUUGGCCACUGCUAAAGAGACAGGACCCCAUGGUGCCCAGUCCUGUGUUGUCAGAGAGACUCGCACAACAGAAAGUCAACCGAAAACUCAGAAUAAAGGGAAGCUGUCCCGUGGCAAAAAGAAGAAAUCAAGAAGUGAAGCCAUAGACCCAGAUCUUUCCAGCAGUAUGCAUAUUUGGUGUCUAGAAGGAAAGAAAACCGGUGACAUCAUGGAGUUGGAUAUUGUUUUGUCUGCAUUUGAGAAAAUCUUCCUAGAGUAUAAACAAAAAAUAGAAUCUGAAAUUUGUAAGGGAGCCAUCAACAAAUUUCAUUUUAAUAUUAAAGAACAACUCAUCAAAACACUUAAAGAAGUCCAGAUGUUGAAAAAUCUGAAAAGGAAGAAUGCUAAGAUUAUUUCAGAUAUUGAAAAGAAAAGGCAGCGUUUGGUUGAAGUCCAGGAUGAACUGCUCCGGUUAGAACCACAGCUGAUGCAGCUACAAACAAAGUAUGAUGAACUCAAGGACAGAAAAUCAUCCCUUAGAAAUGUGGCGUAUUUCUUACCUAGUUUAAAACAGCUUUAUCAAGAUUAUUCAGAUGUUCAAAAGAAAGAACCAAACGUCAAGGAAACGUAUGAUUCAUCCAGCCUUCCAGCGCUGUUAUUUAAAGCAAGAACUCUCUUGGGAGCUGAAAACCAUCUGCAAAAUAUCAAUCAUCAAUUAGAGAGGCUUCUUGACCAAGAAUGAGAAAGCCAGUCUGCUGAAAUGUGCCUGUGAGCAUUGAACGAAAAUGCUAAGACAUAGCCUGGUGGACACAGCAAGCAUCCAGCACACAGGAUUCCCUGAGACCCAGGGCUCUGUUGUGAACAAGUUAACAUCACACAACCUCCAACUCAGCACUCCCUGAGGCGCUUCCUUCGUGCCCAAAUCUGCCUGUUUCAAUCCACAUUCCAUAAGGUGCCAAGGGCCAGAGGCAACACAGAAAGAGAGGUAUCCAUUUUCAUCAGCGUCACUAGUUCCCCGCCUGCUGCCUCUCCUCACCUUUUUCCAGCCUGGGAAUUCUACCUUAGUCUUUUCAUAUUAUACUAUCUAAGGGAUUCUUUUAUCAAGUACAAAUAAAGAUGAUAUGUGCUAGAAGCAAGUAAUACUGGGUUGUCAGAAAAGUCAGGGCUCAUUUUUGCAUAGAAAAAUAUAUCAUGACUUUUCCGACGACCCAGUAAUUAAGAUACUCAUAUUAUGGAACAUCAACCAAACACAAAUAUAAACUGAAUUACAACUAAACUUAUUUGAAGAAACAAUUUAUGUUGCCGACUUUAUUUAAAAGU